AUGCAACAACAUGCAACAACAUCAUUCUACAACAACAACAUGCAACAACAGCCAGAAAAACUCAAUGUUUACAAAAACGACAGUGACUCCAGUUGGGACUACACGCUGGGUAAGUACCUUUCACCAUCACAAACACCCUACAACGAGUAUUCUCAACCUACUCAAGGAAUCCGCUCAAAACCCGCUCUGCUAGGGGCUGGCGGAGGAAAUGGGUUUCCACCGAACUUUUCGCCACCGGAUUUCCAUCCGUCGGAAAACUGGAAACCGGCCGCGGCCGGGACGCACGUCGGGCUGAUGAAGGACCCACCGCUGCCACGGAACGGACCGACCAACUUCAUCCAGCCGACACAGCAACAGGGGGCAGUUAUGAUGGUUUACGGGCUCGAUAACGGAACGGCCAACACCGAUAAGCUGUUCAACUUGUUCUGCCUGUACGGCAACGUGGUCCGGUUUCUCUAA